AAUUUUAAAGGGUGCCUCAAGACUGUCCAUAAUUUUAAAGGGUGCCUCAAGACUGUCCAUAAUUUUAAAGGGUGCCUCAAGACUGUCCAUAAUUUUAAAGGGUGCCUCAAGACUGUCCAUAAUUUUAAAGGGUGCCUCAAGACUGUCCAUAAUUUUAAAGGGUGCCUCAAGACUGUCCAUAAUUUUAAAGGGUGCCUCAAGACUGUCCAUAAUUUUCAAGGGUGCCUUGAUGGUUGUAUUAAUAAUAUUAAGUGCAGUGGUGUGAAUAUUUUACCAUAAUGCAGAG